AUGUUCAACUGGGGACAAGACUCGCUCCUCAAAGCAGAUUUGUCCGCCCUGGAGAAGCAGCAGCAGGAGCAUGUUUGGAACAGCCAGGGGGAGGAAAUGCGUCAGCUGACAGCGCAGCUAAGACACCUUGAGAGCCGAGCAAGGGCCGUGAUGGCAACCCAGCGCGCAGCAUCAAAGAUCAUUGAGAUGCCGGCUGCGCAGCGGAUCUCCAGAGAGGACCUGGCGGCCGCUGUCAGCGCAGACAUCACUCAGCUCCCCCUUGUGAGCGCUGGCCGGCAGCUGAGACAGUGGAUCCGGACAGUAGUGUCACUGGACGUGCUGCCAACAAGCAAUCAACAGGAGGAAGCCACUGCGGCAGGGGAGACCUGGGUGUUCUACCCGAAUGAUCUUCCGAAGAGGUCUGCCUACUCUGGCGACACGCGCUGGGCGCUGACACCCUUCCUUGCCCACCAGGCGCUGAAUGGCACCGGCUACAAGUGGAUGCUCUUUGGCGGCGCAGACACAGUCUUCUUUCCAGAGGCAGUGCUGCAGAUGCUGGAUGGUUUUGACCCUCAGGUCCCCUAUGUCAUCACCGACAACCUCUGGUGGGGGGGCCAGCAUGGGGGCCCCUACAAGAGCGCCCCCCGCUGCCUCCCCUGCCACACAAAGGACCACCCGGAUCUCCUGCUCCUCACUGCAGGUUUCCGGGGCGAUCAAAGCAAUGACAGCGCGCCAGUGCGGCCUCGGGAGUGGAAUUUCACGCCACCUUACGGCUGCCCCUGCACGCCGCAGCUGCUCUGUGACGCAGCGCCAGAUCUUUUUGGGGACCAGAACGAUAGCACCAAAGAGCCAUGUCAGGGAAGCAUUCCCUUCCCAAGCAGCAAAGGCUACAGCAUUCACGGAGGGGCAGCCUCCAGCGGCCAGCCCAGUAUGGAGGAAGCUGCCAAGGAGAUGCGGAGGCUGUCAUCUAAAUAUGCAUGGUGGUGGGAUUCCCACAAGAGGGACGCUGAGCCAACCACCAUCUACUGGAGCAUCGAUGCAGCCAUCACCUAA